GGUACAGGUGCAUGUGGCACACGCAGGUGCGGAGAGGCAAACAACAGGAGAAAUGACAAAGUGGUUGUAAUGGAACCAAAUGGAUGACGAGCACGACAAAGUGCAUAUAAUUUAACCAGAAAAAGCUGUGCCUCUUGCUUCACCAGUACUGAAGUGUUGUUGAACCAGCAUGCGAAGGAACAGACAGAUCAACGUGUCCCGUGCUCUGGCUCUGGCUGGUGCCUUCAACUUCCUCGUAUCAGCUGCCAAAGCAUGUCUUCUUCCCUUUUUCACACUCUACCUCCGUCAUCUUGGCAUCACCCCCACAGAGACUGGUCUCGUGAUGGGCACCAAGCACGCAAUAACACUAGUGUGGAGCCCUUUUACUGGCCUACUCGCCAAGCACUACAACAAGAGGAGAGUUUUGAUCAACAGCUGUCUGGUGGUUUCUGCUACCGUUGCAAUGGUUAUUCCACUCAUCCCACCUGCGAAUGUGCACAGGUUAAGCUGCAAUAAUAGCAUUUCACUGGUUAGUCCAACACAAAGCUCAACGGACAGAAAUCAAAUAAAAAGUAGUUUGACAAGUACUGCAAAUCUGAAGAGCACCCAUUCCAGCGAUAUGUCUAUGGAAGUGCCUAACACAUCUCGAGAAACAAAAAAUAGAACAUCUGUUCCAAAAGUACAAACAAUAAGGAAAAGGAAAUCUAAUGUUGGACUUCAAGGCAAUUUUAAUAAACCAUCCAAAUUAAUAGACAACAACUUUGACAGCUUAAAAGUAAUGGACAAUCAUCACCAGUUAUUUUUCCUUAUUCUCAUAGCUGUUUCUGUAUUAAUGGUUACGCUAGCUCCAGUAGAGUGGACUGCAGAUGAUGGGCUUUUUGAAUAUCUGGAUUUUGCAGAUGCUUCUGAUCGCUACAGUAAUUCCAAGACAUGGAGUUUAAUUGGGGCAGCAUUUGGGGUUGGUGGAUGUGGAGUUCUUGUUAGUCAGUUAAGCUGUCUCCUUGCCACAGAGACUCCAAGGAGCGUGGUCCAUUUUGUUUGUUUUUCUAUUAUGGCUCUUGGAACUGUGCCUGUUGCAAGUUUUCUACCUUUCUAUCUGAAUAAGAAGAGGACCAAGCCUGAAGGUUUGGUCAAAGGACUGCAGUUGGUGCGUGGAUCUGUCCGUGCUUUGCUGUGCGCCAUUACAAUUUUGCUUGUUGGAAUAGUAAUUUCAACUGUGGAAAAUUUCUUGCUUUGGGAAAUGCAGGAUAAUGAAAGCAAUGAGCUACAGAUGGGGUUAUCAUUAGCACUUGGACUCAUAUGCCAAGUGUCAUUCCCUUUAUUUGUAGUUAAAAUAUCAAAAAUUCUCAGUUCUGGGAGGGUACUAGUCCUUGCUGCAGCAAUUGUAGCAGUGCAAUCUUUCUACUUUUCAUUCCUUUGGGGGCCUUGGGCUGUCCUUCCUGCCCAAAUUCUAAAUACUCUAAGUUUUGGCGGUCUGUGGUGGGCUGUUCAGGUUCAGUGUGAUGAUAUCGCCACACCAGGGACCGAGAGGAGCGUCACUAGAGUUUAUAAUGCCUUGUCUUUUGACCUGGGACGAAGUUUGGGCAGUGUCAUAGGAGGAGUAGCAGUGCAAAAGGUUGGCAUUGCAUGGGUGUUCAGGGGAGCAGCAUUCGGGCUGAUAAUUUGGUGUUUUGUCCUAGCUCUGCUACAGGUCAAAGCCCCUAGACAGAGAAGAAUAAACUAUUCUAGGUUGCUAGCAGCUGAUGCAAGUGAGGCAAGUGAGUCUGAUUCUGAACAGGAGAGAGACUGGUUAGAUAAAGCCAUGGAGGAGCAAUAAUAACAAUGGAAGAAGCAUUUAUCAUUGAUGCUAAAACUAAAACCACUCAACCAAUAGGAUGCAGAAGACCCCCAUCAGGCCAAAGUAAUCUGAAUCAGGGUUAAAAAGAAUCCAGUACUAAUAUUAUAAUUGUGUAAUUUAUUUUAUUUGUAAUUGUAACAAUGGUCUAAACCAUGCAUAUGUUAGAAAUAAUAAUAAUGCAUGCAUGGGGAUACAAAGAAAAAUUAUCUUAUUUGAAAACAAUAAGUAAAUUGCUCUAUCAGUUAUGAAUACCCACUCAGCCGGAAUGUGUCUUGACUUUCAGCUCUAAUUACAGUUUUAUUUCUUUUUUCACAAGCACACAUUAGCAUAAGUUAUUCUUUUCCAAUGCAAACAAGGUAACAGAAUAGGAUGGGUUAACCUAACUGUAGAAAUCCUGCAAACAGAACUGAAGUGUGCUCAAGGAGACACCACACCAUUAAUCUCCUGUGUAGAGAAUGUGACCCAUUUAAAGCCAUAGUACAUGAAGAACAAUGUAAACUGGCUUUGUUGAAAUAAUGAACCUCUCUUCUGUUUGUCAAGAUACCUGUUGACCAUUGUUGCCUUAAGACAUGACAGUUAUGUUUGUUGUAAAUGUAAGUUAAAAUGUAUGUGAUGCUACUACCUGCUGGAAGAGGGAUGUUGCUGUCACAUGACUCCUUAUUUUCUGUACUAUUCAAAACCAAAGUCCAAAUUUUUCAAAAUACAAGGUAAUGUUUACAUUCUGAAUAAACGUGUGAUGUUUGAAUGUGUGCUCGUAUUUCA